AUGGACGACUACGCUCACGUUCCCGGUGCUCUGGACGAUGUCUCGAACGCCCACAAUUCUGACGCUUAUCGAGGUCCUGGUGAGGAGCCAGAAACUGUCACUCAGCUCAAGCCCCCUCUGGGAUCUGAGUAUCGACAUGAGGAGGUUCGCAAACAAGGCUGGACAGAUCGUGUGGCCAUCAAAUAUGACGAAGUCGCCCGCAAAGACGACUAUGAAUGGGCUGGAGGUGCCAGUCGAUACGAAUGGUGUGGUGAAGAGGGCGAUAUUGGCCCUCGGAAUGAAGAACUUGAAGAGCAGCUUUUCAAAAAUAUCAACCUCGCUCGUGUGGGUCACCGCAUCAAAGAGUACGAAAAGAUCACUGUCAUGUUCGAGAGUGAAGAGCGGAUUUACCCUACCGCAUCGUGGGAGGCUGCGAAGAUUCACCCUGUCCUGGUUGAGAAUCUGGAGCUCUGCCUUUAUCGGCACCCCACUCCGAUCCAAUGCUACGUUAUUCCCUCGGUCCUUAGUGGGAAAGAUAUCAUCGGCAUUGCGCAAACUGGCUCUGGAAAAACCGGCGCCUUUCUCAUUCCCAUUCUCUCACAGUUGAUGGGAAAAGCGAAGAAGCUGGCGGCUUCCCGACCGAACGUUACGGAUCCCAAUUUCGAUCUCAAGACACAGGGAGUUUGUGCCGAGCCCCUGGUCUUGAUUGUGUGCCCGACCCGUGAGCUAGCCACUCAGAUUUUUGACGAGGCUCGUCGAUUGUGUUAUCGCUCCAUGCUGCGCCCCUGUGUUGUCUAUGGUGGCGCUCCGACCAAGUAUCAACGAGAUGAGCUCCGAAAAGGAUGCGACAUCUUGAUCGGUACAACUGGCCGAAUCACAGAUUUCAUGUCUCAGCCCAAUGUCCUAUCCCUCCGUCGAGUCCGAUACACUGUGAUCGACGAGGCAGAUGAGAUGCUCCAAUCGGACUGGGAAGAUGAAUUCAAGAAGAUUAUGUCGGGCGGCGAUGUCAACGAAGAUGAAGACCAUCGCUACCUGAUGUUCUCGGCGACCUUCAACAAGGAAUGCCGAAAGCUCGCUCGCGAGUAUCUGUCGACCGACCACAUUCGUAUUCGAGUUGGUCGUCCCGGAAGCUCGCACCUUAAUGUGUCCCAGAUCGUCCAUUUUGUGGAGGACCGAGCAAAGAAGCGGGCCGUCUUUGACUUGCUUCUAAGCAUGGUUCCCAUUCGCACUUUGAUCUUUGCGAACAGCAAGACCACCGUCGACUACUUGGAUGACUACCUUUACAACUCAGGCCUGCCAACUACCUCGAUCCAUUCGGAUCGGACCCAGCGUGAGCGUGAGGAUGCAAUCCGCUCCUUCAAAAUUGCCGAAUGCCCUAUCUUGAUUGCUACCGGUGUGACUGCUCGCGGCCUUGACAUCGCAAAUGUGAUGCAUGUCAUCAACUAUGAUCUUCCAAGCACUGCUCAUGGCGGUAUUACUGAAUAUGUUCACCGAAUCGGACGGACUGCGCGCAUUGGAAACGAGGGCAUUGCAACCUCUUUCUACAACGAACGAAAUGAGGAUCUCGGACCCGACCUUGUCAAAAUUCUCAUGGAGUGCAAGCAGACUGUUCCCGACUUCUUGGAGCAUUUCACUCCGUCCGAGGGAAAGCUCACCUUUGACGAUGAUGAGACCGACAACGAGGACAACAAGGAGAACAACAACGAGGAAAACAACGAGAAUGGGGAAGUCGGCCAGGAGGAGGAAGGUGAUAACAAUGCCGCUACCACUGAGGAUGCCACUUAUGCCGAAUAUGCCCCUUGGGCUCCCCCCCGAGGAGGCUCCUGA